AUGGCCUGUUUCAGCGUCCUUUGGCUUCUUUUGCAGUCUAUGCCUUCUCAGCUGCUUCUGGUUUCAUGUGUCCAUGGCUCAAAAUGCUACACCGAUCCAUCUGAAGUGACGGCGUUGAUCUCAAUAUUCAAGCAAUGGGACAUGCAAGCCCUACCUAUCAGUGAAGGAGAGCAAUGCAUUGGAUUUGCUAUCAAUGGAAGCGAGUUUGAAAAGCCAGAGAAUAAUCCAGCCAUCACUUGUGACUUGGAAGUUCCUUCAUCUUUUGAAACUAUAGGUCAUGUUGCCUAUCUGAAUAUUCAUGACGAAUUACUUCCUUACAAGGAUGUCAUUGCAAAAGUUAUCUAUGAUAAAAAGUAUCCAAGAAUCAAGAUAAUUGUUAAUAAAGUCGGAACGAUUGAAAAUGAGUUCCGUUUGCCAAAGUUUGAAGUUUUAGCAGGGGAAGAUGAUAUGGUUACAGAAGUGAAACAAUAUGGAGCGACUUUCAAGCUUGAUUACAGCUUGGUCUAUUGGAAUUCAAGAUUGGAGCAUGAACAUAUAAGGUUGGUUUCUCAGUUUCAAGCUGGGGAAAUCAUAUGUGACAUGUUUGCUGGUAUUGGCCCUUUUGCUAUCCCUGCAGCACAGAAGGGAUGCAUAGUGUAUGCAAAUGACUUAAAUCAGGAUAGCAUCCGUUAUCUGAAGAUCAAUGCAGAAACUAACAAGGUUGAUAAUCGUGUUCGUGCGUACAAUAUUGAUGCAAGAAAAUUUAUUUCUCAAUUGAUGGCAGUGCCCAACAGCGAUGAAAAAUCAGAUUCUGAUGUCUCCAUGCUGAAAAAUGGCGAGCAAUGUGACAUUCAGGGCAAUCAGGAACCAAAAUCUGAAAUUGGGCUACCUGUUGGGGUGAAAGAAGUACCAGAUACUGUUAUUAGUAAUCUGGACGCUUUACAAGCUUCCAGCAGGAAUGCUGAUUCAUCAGUACCUCCAGUUAAAAGACCUUCAGAUAGUUGUCAAUCAGAGAAUGAAGGUGUUGAUGGCACUAGUGCUUUUGUAGCUGAUAGGAGAAAAGGAAGCAAGACUAAGAGAAUGAGAGGCCCUGAGAUCUCCGAUGUUAAGACUUGGAAGCAUGUAGAUCAUGUGAUAAUGAAUCUACCUGCAUCUGCUCUUCAAUUUCUAGGUACAGAUGACUUUUGUGGAUAG